AUGACAACAGCAAAUAUUCCCAAUUUGCAUAAUUAUAAUGAUAUAAGUGACUUCAUCUUAAAGAAUGAUGGAUGUAUAUCAGAGAGUAAGAAGGAAGAAAGUGGAAUGGAGGAGAGAUCAGUGACACUAGCACAAGAUUAUAUUG